AUGAAGAUCUUGAUCAAGGUCAAAGGAAAGUGCACCACCGACCACAUCUCUGCAGCUGGACCAUGGCUCAAGUACCGUGGACACUUGGACAACAUCUCCAACAACUUGUUCCUCACCGCAGUCAAUGCUGAGAAUGGAGAGAUGAACAAGGUCAAGAACCAAGUUACCGGAGAGUAUGGAGCCGUUCCAGCUACCGCUCGCAAGUACAAGGCUGACGGAGUUAGAUGGGUUGCUGUCGGAGACGAGAACUACGGAGAGGGAUCUUCUCGCGAACAUGCCGCUCUUGAGCCACGUCAUUUGGGAGGAAGAGCUAUCAUUGUCAAGUCGUUCGCCCGUAUUCAUGAGACCAACUUGAAGAAGCAAGGAAUGCUCCCACUUACUUUCGCCAACCCAGCCGACUACGACAAAAUCGACCCAUCUGACGAAGUCUCGAUCGUCGGACUCAACUCAUUCGCCCCAGGAAAGCCACUGACCGGAGUAUUCAAGAAACAGAAUGGAUCAAAGGUCGAGGUGACCUUGAACCACACAUUCAACGAGCAACAAAUCGAAUGGUUCAAGGCCGGAUCCGCCCUCAACAGAAUGAAAGAAGUGUUCGCGAAGAGCAAAUAA